CCAGAAGCAUAGUCUUCUGGAGGCCUCAGAGAAACCAUGAAUUCUAAGGUGUUUAUGUUCGUUUUGGCACUGGCCACCUCAGUUGCUGCUGAAAGCAGGGAACGAUAUUCCUAUGCAUCUCCAAGAGCUUCGUCCGGCUCCGAGGAAUCCUUCGAAUCCUCCGAGGUCAGGUACAGCUUCAACUGGGCAGUGAGCGACGACUCCUCCAGCAACGAAUUCGGACACCAGGAGUCCCGCGACGGAGACGACACCCAGGGAUCCUACUACGUCCAGCUCCCCGACGGCCGCCUGCAGAAGGUGUCCUUCGUCGUCGACGGCGACGACGGAUAUGUCGCUGAGGUGUCCUACGAAGGAGAGGCUCAGUUCCCCGACUCCGACGAGUCGUCCUCCGGGUCUCGUGAGGCUCCCAGGAGGUUCUACGCCGCUCCUGGUUCGAAUGAGUCUAAGUAAAGGUUCUUUUUCCCAGACUCUUCCUCUCUUCUGUUGUUGGUUGUGAUUCCCUACAUGGGGGUUUUAUUUAUUAUUUAUAACAAUAAAAGGACUUGAGAAAUACAA